AUGCUGCAAAAGCUCUUCUGCCUCUUGCCGAUCAGGCACGGAGAUUCUCACUCGCUUUUCUGCCGCCUGAGCCGUUUGGUCUGCAUGAGCUGUAUGCAGAGGCUUUCUGUGUGUUUCUUCGUGCUCCCUCCUAACGACGUGGUCGAAGACAAUAACUUUGUGAGCACCUUCGACCCUUUGGAGGAGGAGCUUCUCUAUCUCCGGAUAGAAAUCUUGUUUGACCUCGUCAUGGUCAAAAAAGUGCUGUAUGACAACUUCUGUCGCUCUACAGGCCCGAUCGUUCGUGUGGCGCCUAAUGAGAUCGAUAUCUGUGAUACAGAUAUUGUCUAUCAGAUGUACAAGUCUGGUUCUGGAUUUCUCAAAUCAGAGUGGUACAACAAAUUGACCAUCAACGGCGUCAAGAAUAUUUUCAGUGCCAGAGAUCCAAAGUCUCAUAGUAGACGUCGACGUCUUCUCUCCGCUCCUCUGUCAGACUCGUCCCUGCAGUCGAUGCACCCGACUAUUAAUGCCAAAUCCAAGCUGGCCGUACAAAGGAUGCGACAAAAUUGA